AUGGCCGGCGUCUGUCCGCCUGCAGUCGUGUCAAUGGUGAACUCCUUGCUUCAAAGCGACUUGCCCAUGCUGGAGAAGAUGCAGCAGCUGACGAAGACUCUGAAGGCGAACAAUCUUGCAUGGACGCAAGACAUAGCUCCUUCUGCCUGUUUGGUGCAUCCAUCGAACCGUGCGGGACAGAUGUUGUCUGUGGAAGAUGUUUGGAGCAAAGGAGUUCGCAUAGUUUCGCUGGGGGCGCAGAAAAACCUCCUCCAAGGCUCGGUAUGCAUUGAGGUUUCUCAUGACGUUGCCCGGAAAACUGAGCAAUUGGAUGCCAAUCGCCGCCUCGUAGCCUUGUCACACGGCCAGUUAGCGCCGGUCAGAGGAGACGAAAGAUUUCUCACACUAGGGACCAGCCACACGACGGCGUUUUUUAAAGCAGUCGAAGCGGGCUGCCAGAGUGGUGAUGCGAGUGUGCACAUCAAGCAACUGGAGGACGUCCUUUCCGGAUGGCCUUGGUUAGUGCUUUCCUCGUUGGUGGAGCAGGCCUGCCCAGGAGUGCCUCUGUUCUAUCAGCUGGCGAGCAAUGCAUCAGCUUCCGGUCAGAAGCAGAUCAGCGAAGUGGAAGCCUGCGGCCUCAUGGCGAUGCGAGUAAAGUCCGGAGCAAGCUUGGAAAGCGCUGUUGCCGAGCUGAAGCAAGCUGAUCCUGCUUGUCGUGGCAGCUUGGAUGCCAUCUGCCAUUACGUGUCCCGAUAUGGAGGCAAAUCUUUCGGGACUCUCAUGAUCGGGACAGAGGUUAUGAAGUUGAAGACGGCAGCAAUGCGGGAAACGCUGGACAGCUUCGAAAUCCUGGUGAAGGAUUCUUGGGAGUUGUGCAGCAGUGCCCAAGUGACGGGGGCAUCCUUGGAGCGAGUGUUCGGCAAGCUGUGUGUCCGAGCGACUUUGUUUGUCUUGGGCAAAGACGGUAAGGACAAGGGAGGCAUGGACAAGCACUUCGCUGAUCUGCCAGAGAUCGCAUGUGCUUUUGCCAGCGAACUGAAGAAAGGCAAGACGGAGACAUCCGUUUCCAAGGGGUCGCAGGCAGCAUCAUCCACAGGAAGCUCGUCGGUCACCAACGUUUUGGAGUGCAAGCCCGAAGAGGUGGCUCUCAUGCAGAAUUCCCACAUGCAGCUGGGGGGCAUGUACACGAAUGUCAAAGAGCACGGCAACAAGAUCUUUGUCUUCUUGAAGACGGAGAAGGUUUUCGUUCACUUCGGGCUCUUGGUCAAGUGGCGGAAGUUCAAGGGACAGCCUCCAGCUUUGUGCCCCCCGGCCAUGCAGGAGUUGAAGAUGGUGCAUGACAGCAGUGGUGUUUUGGAUGAGUACAACAAAGCCCAGAUGCAGCAGCUUCUGCUUGACAGUGCUUGGAUGAAGAAGGUUGAAGCCCACGAUCUGGCUUUCACUUCCUUCCCUGCCAUGGUGCAUGUUAUGAAGGCCUUCAAGAAGGUUGGCGACUUGGAGCUUUGGCCAUGGGGUACCGUGAGCAAAGUUCGUGCAGGCAAGCCUGUCCCAAAGCGGCUGCUUGCAAAGGGCUAUGGGUGCGAUUGGCUGAUCCAGCCUUUCAAAUCCUUGAACCAGGCGGACUUUACGAAAAUGCCGUCAGAGGAAGGCGAGGGAGUCCUCUGCCCUUUCUUCUGGGUCCGAGAGACCAAGGAUGCCGAAGCCGCCAACAUGAUGCUUCACGUCUUCAAGAAGAAUGGCAAUGCAUUCCCUACUCUGAGGAACAAGCGCCCCAUCGAGAUGUACGAAACUUUGCUCUACUGCGAAGAAGAGCAGCAGGAGGAAGCAAAGCCGAAGAAGAAGGCCAAGAAGGAGUGA